GCCAAUUGAGCAGCUGCCACUGUCAAGGAAGGUCAUCGCAGACCACAGUCCCAUGAUGAACAAUAAGGAUAUGCUGAGGAUACUUACAGCGAUUCUAUUUUAUACAGCUCUUUCGGCAGCUAAUUCAGAAACGAAUCUUCUAGUUUCGUCGAAAUGUAAGCUUUUGGAGGUGUCAUCCAAGAUGAUUAUCACUGAACAGCCCAACGGUGAAAAAGUGGAACAACUGGCGAGAGAUAUAAAAAUUAUAGUUCCUUUGAGAACCAGACAGAACAUUUCAGAUCCAACAUCCCCCCUUCGGACCCAUUUUGUCUACAAGAUUUCAGAUUUCUGCAAGAAUUGUGGUCAAAAACAACAAUCUCCAGAACAGCCCCAGUGCAAACCCAAACCUCCGCCCACAGAUGAAUGCUAUGCCCAUGAUGACAAAUCAUGCAGUGAUUAUCGGCGUCACUUCGGACCUGUUCAACACUUCAAGGAACGCUGGACUCAGAAGCCUACGGAGAUGCCUCUUCAUGCAACAAUUGAUCCAAAUUCUUUUUCAGAUGCUCCAUAAAUUGUUCUAAAGAUGUAACAAAUAAUUGCUCCUGUUUCUUUCCAGCCCUCCCUUUGCCAUAAUGCCUUCAUCCAACAGAAAAUAACAGCUUGAGCUCUGGCUUCAUAAUAAACACUGCUUUCUGUAUCAUGUAACAUCUGUAUAAAUGUAUCAUGGUUUGUUUCACAGAAACAAAACAAAAUUGA